AUGGUCUCCAGGUGGGAGCCGAUGGGAUGCCCCACUAAUGUUCAGAUCUCAGAAAGACGGGAAACGCCGCCGAUUCCCUUCGCGACCAUCCCCUUCUCCCGCGACCCCGAUUUCGUCAACCGUGGAGACAUUCUCGAUCAAAUCGACGAGCGCUGUUCCGAGCUGGCCGGCCGUGUGGCCCUCGUGGGCCUGGGCGGUGUCGGCAAAUCGCAGUUGGCCAUUGAAUAUGCGCACCGGAUCGCCGCGGGGCAUCUUGACAGAUGGGUAUUUUGGGUCCACGCCGGCACGCAGGCGCGUGUCGAAGAGGGUUUCAGAAAGAUUGCCGACGACGUCAAGCUAGCAGGCCGAAACCAGCCCAGGGCCGACAUCCCACAGCUUGUCUACGACUGGCUGUCCAACGAGCGGAACGGCAGAUGGAUCAUAAUCCUUGACAGCGCCGACGACCGCAAUGUAUUCUACAGUAGCGACAACGUAUGCAACAGGAAACCAUUUGCAGACUUCCUACCACAGAGUCGAAACGGGUCGAUCAUCAUCACAACACGCAAUAAGGACCUGGCUUCCAGGCUGACCGGACGCCGCCAAAACAUCAUCGAGGUCGGACCGAUGGUGCAGAUGGACGCCCUCACGCUCCUGGAGAGGAAGCUGGGAUCAAUCCUGAAUACCGAUGCGGCAGCCAAGCUUGUACGCGCGCUCGACUUUAUUCCGCUAGCCAUCAGCCAGGCUGCCGCCUACAUACAGGCAAGGGCACCGCGAAGCUCUCUCGAGAAGUACCUUUCUGAGUGCCAGGAGUCUGAGCGCAAAAGGAGCAGGCUUUUAGAGCAUGAUGCUGGAGACCUACGUCGGGAUGGAGGCGCGUCGAACGCGAUUCUCACGACAUGGCAGAUAUCUUUUGACCAUAUUCGGUCCGAGCGGCCUUCUGCGGCGGAUCUCCUUUCGCUUAUGAGCUUCUUUGAUCGACAAGGCAUUCCGGAGUCGCUCCUCAAGUCCUCUAAGCAGACCAAAACCGCAACUCGAGCAAGUGGUUCCGAAGAUGCAGAAGACUCAGGAUCCGACAGCAGCGAUGACGAGAUGGACGGUCGGUUCGAAGACGAUGUGGCAAUAUUACGGGACUACGAUCUUAUCGUCGUGAAUGAGGCGGGGGACCAGUUUGAGAUGCAUGGGCUCGUGCAGCUGUCGAUGAGGAAGUGGCUGGAAACGUUUCGGCAGCAGGAGACGUUCAAGCAGCAGUUCAUCGAGCAAAUGGCAGCGUCAUUCCCGACAGGGGAGUACGAGAACUGGGUGAAGUGCUGGAGUCUCUUCGCGCACGUUCAAGUGGCCCUUGGUUACCAACCCAGCGAAGAGACAGUCGAAAUAUGGGCGACACUUUUGCAUAACGGGGGAUGGUAUGCAUGGUCGCAAGGGAGAUAUGAAGUUGCAGAGCAGAUGCUAGGCAAGGCGAGAAAUGUUCGCAAGAAAAAGUUGGGUGCAGAGAAUAUGGCGACUCUUGCAAGUAUGUCACUAUUUGCUCUGGUCCAAAUGGACCGCGGCCAGUGGGAGGAGGCCGAGAAGCUGUUUGUGCAGGUGAUGGAGACUCGCAAGACCAAGCUCGGGGCCGACCACCCUUCCACGCUGACGAGCAUGGCCAACCUGGCAUCGACAUUUUGGAACCAGGGCCGGUGGGAGGAGGCCGAGAAGCUGGACGUGCAGGUGAUGGAGACGAGCAAGACCAAGCUCGGGGCCGACCACCCUUCCACGCUGACGAGCAUGGCCAACCUGGCAUCGACAUACAGGAACCAGGGCCGGUGGGAGGAGGCCGAGAAGCUGGACGUGCAGGUGAUGGAGACUCGCAAGACCAAGCUAGAUACCGGUUUUCCUUUUUCUUUUUUUUUAAAAGGUAUUCUGUGA